AUGAGUAAAGAAGAAACGAAGCAAGUCCAACCAGAAGCAACUUCCCAGACGAGGCCUCCCCCAGCCACCCAUGAUGCUCCAGAGAAGCGCAGGCGCGACAGCGCAAAGGAGCUUUUGGAAGAGCUGGACAGCGGUGGGUUUCAUCUGAACCACACCGUCCGGCUUUCUGCCCUCCAACGGGCCUGCAUGGCGGUGCCAAACCUCACCCCAUUGCUCACGGGUGAUCGACGCGCGAAGUUGUACAUGCGGCUGCUGCUGGAUAACAAGCCUCAGCUGGAGCCGAUCCCGGAGUCGCUCGCGUCCUUCGCGACGGAGGCAACGGAUGAUUACCACGCUGCCGCCAUAACACUCAUGGCCUUACUAGAACCUAUUCCAUUGGAAGAAAGUGAGGUGGUUGGAUUUCUGUGCUAUUUGAGUUCUAAGACGGAGUUUUUCCCCAACGAAGAGAACCUUUCCCUCUUAAACCUUGUAGCGGUCGUUCUAUCGGACGCACAACUAUCCUCUGGGCAUACAGUGCUGCAGCUCCUUUUCAAUUUUAUUCAACCACUGCUCAAAGACUUCGCGAUACCUAUGUCCUCCAAGCCUUAUGAUAAGACGACGACACAAUUGCUGCGGCUGAUUCUUCAAUAUCACGAUCCCGCCCUUUCCAUCCACUUCGAUCAAUGCCAUAUCUCGAUCGGUGAACUGCUAUUGCGCUGGGUGAGGCAGUUUUUUGUACUGGACGGGGAAUAUCGCGCGGCAUUAGGAACCAUAGACUAUCUUCUGGUGCUAGGAGAUCCCGUCCUGAACCCUUUCGUCGCUUUAGCCUACAUUAUCGCUAAUCGGCAGAGUUUACUCAGCAUCCAUGAAGCCGAGGUACUCCGGAAUGCGCUGGAUACUCUCAAAAUGGAGCUUCCAGGGGUAAAAGAAGCCGCGCUGGAUCCGUGGCUGGUGGAUGGCCGCAGCUUCGCACCGAUGCCGGUGUGGUCUGGCAAGACCCUGCUGCAGAAUGCCGACCUUCUUCACCGCAAUACGCCUCAAUCCACACGGCGGGUUCUCGGGCUCUGCCUUUAUCCCGAUAUGGGUUCUAUCAAUAAAACAUUUGAGGAGCUGGAGGCGUACUACGCCGGCAUGCCGUGCCUGCCACUGGAGCGCUCCGACAUCGCCUCAAGCUUCUCCGCUAAACCCCACGACCCCGCCGAGGGGACGUCGCUUCAGUACAUCAUCGUCGACUGCCGCUCCCAGGCGAGCUUCGACUACGCGAGACUCCCCACCGCGGUGUUUGUGGGCGACGUCGUCAGCUUCGACGCGGAUCGGCUGCAGGAGAUGGUGGACCGCCUGAUGCCCACCAAAGGGGCGCACUUCUCCGUCUUCGGGACCGGUCGCGGGAUCGUCGAGGAGGCCAACCUCCUCACCAUCGUCAUCCUCCACCUGGUCCAGCGGCACUUCCCGUUUGUGAGCCUGACCGCUGGGGGGUUUAAGGGCCUCCUCACGCUCAUUCGAUCCAACCUCAUCCGUCUCACCGGGUCCACCGCGGAGGCCGGGGAGGCGGGCGGGAAGAGCCUCUCCGCGGCCGUUUCUGAGCUCGUCGCGGACGCGAUGGGGGCCCCUGCGGUGCAGUCGAUGUUAAGCGGGCUCAAUGAGAUGCGGCAGACCCUCCUGCCCCGCGCCGCCGCGGAGGUCGGGGAGGUGAAGGGGCGGGCCGUGCAGGGGCUCUCCGCCGCCACCGCCUGGGGGGCGGGGCUCGUCCACCGCCUGCAAGAACGCCUCGUCGCGGAGCCUCGAUCCCAUCCAGAAGCGGGAGCCUCCGCGCAUAACGGCGAGGAAAAAGGGAAAGGAGGAGAAGGGGCUUCCGAGCCGUUGCAGGGUCGUGUUCUGCCUCGACCGGCGCCCCCGUCGCACAUCUUCACCCUCGGCGGCGACGACGACAACGAGGACCUCGACCUCAUCGUGGCGAUCCCCUCGGUGCCGGUGAAGGGGAAAGUCGUCGCGACGACGGCGGCGGCAGAGGCGGGAGAGGGAGGGGUGGAACCCCCCCAUGUGGUAAACCCGUCACCCGUUGAGAAGGGCGCGGAGGAUGCCAAGGGUGAGGAUCCCCACUUAGUAGGAUCGGACGGGAAGGAUGCGACGCCGAGCUCCCCGCUCGAGCCAGUGGUGGCGAAUAUCGAUAAGGAGUUUGAGCAGCUGUUUGGGGAGAUAUCGACACCGGACCGGAAUGCAGCAGCGCCGUCCGGGGCAGAGGUAGAGAAAAAGGACUUAGACGAUGACAACGACAUCUUCAAUGACCUGUAG